AUGGUCACCACGCAGCCCUCCGAGUCUUCGGGCCGCCAGAAUGCCAUGUCCCAAGCUGGACCCAAACUGAGGGACAGUUGCCACGGGUGCGCAGCGUCGAAGCUUCGGUGCAGCAAAGAGAAACCUACCUGUGCCCGUUGUGCAAAGCGAGGGGUCGUCUGCGAAUACUUCGCCACGAAGAGGGCAGGCAGAAAGCAAGGGAGCCGCUCCAACAAUGCCCCUGCUCCUACCACUACCACUACCACCCAGACAUUACCAACACCGAGCUGGCCUGCUAUCGCCGCAUCCAGGAUGAUGGCCUCAACGGGGGGCCUUACAUCCGCCUCUCCAAAUUCCCAACUGGCCAAUGACUUGGACUUUGCACCUGACCUGCUUUCCCCUGCAAAUCACACGACGGUAUCGACCCCGGCUGUACUAAAUGCCCAGUUGGACGACUUUCUGGCCUCUCCCAUGUGCUUCUCGAUGCUUGACCCCAGUGAUGUCAACGGUUUGUCUGACUCCACCAUGAUUAAUACAACGGAUGGAUAUAACUUCCUCAACUCUGGCGGAAUGUCGCUGCAUGGGUUGUCGGACAAUGCCUUGACAACACUUGAACAAUCCCUCGGUGACUUCUCAUCCUUCAAGCCUCAGAGCCCACCGAACAGUCGGCCACCAACCGUCGAGGAAUUUCCACCACAGAAUACACCCUGUUCUUGUUUGACUCAGGCUCUGGGGCUCUUGAAGCAGCUCUUCCCUCCCGGUGUGGGAUGCUGCCAACCCCCCAAGAAACCAGUCAGGGAGCACGGCCUGCAUCCUCUCCCAACCAACCAGUCUGUCAUUAGCAACAAUAGGAAAACCAUCGAUACCAUCAGCAAUAUGCUCCAGUGCUCAUGCUCGCAGGACGGCUACCUGCUCUCUCUCAUGUCUUUGAUCGUCUUCAAAGUCAUGGCGUGGUAUGCGGCAGCCUCCAGGCGUCCCGUCCUUUUGAAUGACCGUAGCCCGAUACUCAACGGCAGUAGUCACCAGCACCGAGAGCAUUCUGAGGAGGUUCAGCACACCCCCGGGCUGGGGGGUAGCGAUACCGCUGAUGAUGAGGACCAGGGUCGCAUGGCUGCUCAGCUGGUCCUGAGCGAGCUGCAUCGGGUGCAGCAACUCGUUAAUACCUUGUCGCAGCACUUGAAAGCCAAGGGGACGCGGGGUGGGAGUAGUAGUCCACCUACGAGCGCAUCUACAACUAGGUCGGAUCUCCUUCUAGAUAGAGAGGGUACAUUUCAAUUUCCUUCAACAAUAUUAGAGCAGUUCGCAGUAGACCUGCGCCAGCGACUGCGGGCUUUAUCCGCCGAAAUCGUGGAUAUACUACGGCAUAGAUGA